UUACCAUUUAAAGAAGACCAUUCUAUGAUGCCUAACAAUCGCCGCAUUGCAGAGCAGCGUCUCCUCAGUCUCAAAAGAAGAUUUAAAACUAGUGAACAGUACAGGCAAGAAUAUGUCAAAUUCAUGAAUGAAAUUCUAGAGAGAAACUAUGCUGAGGAAGUCCCACUAGAAGAAUUAGAACCGUCCGAGGGAUCCACUUGGUAUAUUCCUCACCAUGGUGUAUACCACCCUAAAAAGAAAACCCUAAGGGUAGUAUUCGAUUGUGGAGCAACAUACAAGGGUAUCUCUCUGAAUUCCAAACUCCUGCAAGGUCCAGACUUGACCAGUUCACUUAUUGGAGUUUUAUUGAGGUUUCGACAAAAGCCCAUUGGAAUUAUGGCAGAUAUAAAGUCUAUGUUUCAUCAGGUCAGAGUAGCAAAUUCUGAUGUAAACUACUUACGCUUUUUAUGGUGGCCACAAGGUGACUUCACUCAAAAUCCAAAAGAAUAUCGCAUGCUGGUGCACAUCUUUGGAGCUGUAUCCUCACCGAGUUGCGCAAACUUUGCACUGCAAAAGACAGCAGAUGACAAUGAACUGUUCUACCAUCCUCAAGUAGUUAAUACCAUCAGAGAGAGUUUUUAUGUGGAUGAUUGUGUUAAAUCUGUGGCUACAGAAGCUGAAGCAGUGCAGCUAGUGAAAGAUCUCACAGCUUUGUGCAACAAGGGAGGAUUCGAGCUUACUAAAUGGAUCAGCAACAGUCGCACUGUUAUUGCUUCCAUACCUGAAAAUCAAAGAGCAAAAGAAAUCAGAACAUUGGACUUAGACAAAGACCAUCUUCCUACAGAAAGAGCUCUUGGUCUGGAAUGGUGUGUAAAUUCUGACCGAUUUCAGUUCAACAUUGCAAUCAAGCCAAAACCAUACACACGAAGAGGCAUUCUAUCUGUGUCAAGUUCCAUCUUUGAUCCAUUUGGAUUUCUUGCCCCUUUUAUCCUGCCAGCUAAGCAAAUUCUUCAAGAACUAUGCAAGAAAGGUUAUGGAUGGGAUGAACCAUUGCCACAUGCUGUAACACAGCAAUGGACUGAAUGGAUUAAUGGUUUGGAAAAAGAUCAAGUGUUUCAGUGUUGCACGUUGUAUCAAACCAAAGGAUUUCAGAACGACUGUUAA